CUCAUCUCAGCCUAUUCCGCUCUGUCACUUUAGGCGACGAUCACUUAGGAACCAACUGCACCGCUGUAACUAUUCUUAGUCUCGGUUAAAUAUCCAUGUUGCCAUCGGUCGCCCAAUGGAGCAGGAAGGAAUAUGUUCAUAAAUACGUUGAUAAAAGCGAGACCUCGCUGCUUUUUUAUUCUUUAAAACUCAACAAGACAGUGUUCUAUUUCUGCCAAUCCAAUUCAUCAUGCAUUUCACUUCUCUAGUUCUAUUCGCCUUAACCUCUGGCACAAUGGCGGCCAAACGCUUCCAUGUGCCGGAGCCGGCCCGGGUCCGUGAUGAGCCAACUCCUACGGGGUGUACAUCGUCUGCACUCGCUACCCAAACCACUAUAAACAGAGGUAAUGAAGGUAUAUGGCAUGUUAGGGCAAACAUCUCGGAUAUGCACGAACUGUACAGCUUUCAGAAGACCGACUGGCUCGACAACAACAAAACCGAAGUGCUCAACACCUGUGGUAGUAUCUGCUUAGCAGGCAACGACACUGCUAACCCGGGAACAUGGCUGCCGAGUGGGAAAUACUUCCAGGGCGCUUUCGUCAAUACGCCGGGAGGAGACCCGCCGAAUCACAUCUUGUGGGAGUGCGCGUGCUACGAUCGAGCAGUGACGGCCAAUGAUCUUGUCGCCGGGGGAGGAGUUUGGAACAACGCAAAUCCGGGUAGCGGAACAAUCAUUAACCGGCAGUGUUGAAUGAACACUAUGCGGUGCUCAUCUUUUCAGACUGUCAAACCAGUAUUAAGUCGCUAGGUACUUGAGAAUAUGCGAGAGAGCCAUGUUCUGGUUGUUAUCGGUGCGUAUGUAUAUACAUCAGAUGGGUGGGAUGGUAGAAAUUGUGAAAACUACCUACUUAAGUUAGGUAUGU